AUGUCGACGCUCAUGAGAACGCUGCGCAACCUGCGCCGAGUUGGACUUAAGGAAUAUGGCCACCAAAUGGCGGACAAGUACGGCAACAAGUACUUUGAGAACUUGGAGGAGGAGCUUCCUCUCCGAACCCGCUGGGUCGACUACAAGGACCAUGAGUUCGAUCCCUCUCAGAUCGAACCCGGAUGGCACGCCUGGAUGUCAUACAUGGUCGACAAGUCACCAGCCGCAGACCCGCUUCUGCAGCGCCAGGUCCGCGUCUGGGAGCCAAAGGAGCACAGGCCGACUCUCACAUGGACCCGCUCGGGAUACAAGCCUUACAACACGUACGUUCCAGACUGCGACAUGGGCAAUGUCAAGCCCAAGUACUCCCCAUGGACACCCAUCGCCAAGGCUCGACAGUAG